AUGUUUUCGAAUUUUUUCGAAAGCCUGUACGAGGGCAUCGGAGACGAUGACGCCGACGACGACGACAACAAGAGCAGCCGGAAACCUUCAACGGAAAGACACGAUUCUGAGAGAAACACCCAUCGUUUGUCCUCUUUAUCACCGGAAGAGGAGGCUCAAGCGCGUGGGGUGAAAGAUGACCUGACGGAACUCGGCCACACCCUCACGCGCCAAUUUCGGGGGGUCGCUAGCUUUCUCGCUCCGUUACCAGAUGGAUCUUCCUCCGAUCUGUCAAAUCUCAGAUUGAAAGAAUCGCGGUCUUCAGAUCCUGGAUUGGAUCAAUCGCGGUCUUCGGAUCCCAGACUAAAUCAUUCGCGGUCUUUAGAUCGGUCCGAAUCGUGUGUCGGAAGCGAUACGCCGGAGACCGAAAUUAAGGAUAGGAGCUGGAAUUCGGAAACCAUGGCUUCGGAAGGAAAAGGGAUAGAAGAUGUGUGCAAUGAUCCGGAGGAGGAAGAAGAGGAAACAGAUGAAGAAGAAGAAGAAGAAGAAGAAGAAGAAGAAGAAGAAGAAGAGAUCGAUGCGGUUGCUCUUACGGACGAAGUACUUGCAUUUGCGAGGAACAUAGCGAUGCAUCCUGAAACUUGGUUGGAUUUUCCUCUCGACCCCGACGAAGAUCUUGAUGAUUUGGAAAUGUCUGAUGCUCAAAGAGGUCAUGCUUUAGCUAUAGAACGUCUUGCUCCGAGGUUAGCUGCAUUGAGAAUAGAACUUUGUCCAUGCCAUAUGACUGUUGGUUACUUCUGGAAAGUCUACUUUGUUCUUCUCCAUUCAAGGCUCAGUAAACACGAUGCUCAGCUUUUGUCUUCGCCACAGGUGAUGGAAGCAAGAGCAUUGUGGAUGAAAGAGCUUCAGAAUCAAAACCAUUCCUCAAAAGAAGGGAGAGAGAUCUUUGAGGAGGGCACUAGACCAUCAACUUCAAAUUACUACCAGCAUGCUCCUCCUGAGUUUCUGUCCCCACGAAUAUAUGCCUUUGAGCCUCCUUCAAUCAUGUAUCGCGACUUUGAGUCUGAAAAUGCGCAGUUCAUAGAUAAAGCUGUUAUCGAGGAAAAACCAAUCCAAAAGGUCGACAAAAAGAGUGAAAGCCAAAGCCAAACACCCAAAGAUGAUGAUGAUGAUGAUGAUUGGCCAGAAGAGGAAGAUUCUGAUCAUAAUUGGGCUCCAAUGUUCACAGUGAAUGAGGAUGAUGUUUCUUUCAGUGAUCUCGAAGGAGACGAUGAUAUAAGUAGCUUAGCACUCAAGUCUAAGAGUACCUCAAAGGGCGCAGAACGAAAAGGAACAUGA